GUUCGUCAGCUGUUAAAUGUUGGAAAUGGCGUUUUUAUCGGGCAGCGAUUAUAAAAAGAAGUGUUUUGCUCCGGUCAGUCAAAGACAUUCGUUUCAGUAGUGGGUCUACUGCUUAGCAGUUCGCAGGUCGACGACUUUAUGCCGACGUGUGAGCGUUUUCAGCGAAGACAGCAUUAUGAAGUUGUCUCAGAAGGCAUUAGGCAACAUCCACAAGAUGCUGGACUUUUAUUCACAGUUCAACCCGUCUCCGUUAUCUAUUAAGCAAUUCAUCGAUUUUGUCGUGGGUUGUGAGCACUCUCUGCCGUGCACGUGUCCCGAGCUCGGCUGGAAGACCGCGGCACGGCUGAACGCGUGCGAGCGCAAGUCGUUCAUCUUCCUGCGCAAGGAGCUGCCGGUGCGGCUGGCCAACAUCAUGAAGGAGAUCCACCUUCUGCCGGACACGCUGCUGCGCAUGCCCUCCGUGGGGCUCGUCAACAACUGGUACAUGCGCAGCUUCGACGAGAUCCUCGAGUUCGAGAAGGCCGAGGUGAACGACACCACGCUGCACAGGUUCUGCGAGUCGCUGGUGAAGAUACGCAACCGCCACACGGACGUGAUCCCCACCAUGGCGCAGGGCGUGCUGGAGCUGAAGGAGUCGCACGAGGUCAACCAGCAGACGGAGGGCAGCAUCCAGUACUUCCUGGACCGCUUCUACAUGUCGCGCAUCAGCAUCCGCAUGCUCAUCAACCAGCACACUCUGCUGUUCGGCAAGAAGAUCAGCAACAGCAACAGCCGCCACAUCGGCAGCAUCGACCCGCAGUGCGACGUGCUGGACGUGGUGCAGGAUGCCUACGAGAACGCCAGGUUCCUGUGCGACCAGUACUACUUGUCGUCGCCCGAGCUGGUAGUCCAGCAGCACGCAGACGGUGACUCCGACCCCGCGUCUCCCAUACGCAUCGUGUACGUGCCGUCGCAUCUGUACCACAUCCUGUUCGAGCUGUUCAAGAACUCAAUGCGAGCCGUGAUGGAGUACCACAGCGCCACGGAGCAGUACCCGGCCAUCGAGGUGCGCCUGGUGAAGGGCAAGGAGGACAUCUGCGUCAAGGUGUCGGACCGCGGGGGCGGCAUACCGCGCAGCCACACGGACCAGCUGUUCAACUACAUGUUCUCCACGGCGCCGCAGCCGCCCAAGACUGACAGCCACACCGUCCCGCUCGCCGGCUACGGGUAUGGCUUGCCGAUCGCACGCGUGUAUGCGCGGUAUCUGCACGGCGACCUUGCCCUCUUGUCGUGCGAAGGCUACGGGACGGACUGUAUCGUCUACCUGAAGGCGCUGUCGAACGAGGCCAACGAGCUGCUCCCCAUCUUCAACAAGGCGUCGAGCCGGUUCUACCGCACGCCUGUGCAGACGGGCGACUGGAGCCACGCCACCACCAUGGGCGCGCGCCACGCGUCCGUGUCGAUGCCGCGCAAGCACUCCCUCUCCUCGCCCCUGACCCAGCAGCACCUGCAGUGCUAGCCUCGCUGGCUGGCCGACCCCCGAGAGAGCGAGACCGCCGACUGAGCGCACUUCCCCUCUGCCCACGACUGUCGCGCGUUCUCUGCAGCGCCGUGGCAGAAAAUACUACAGUUAAAUUUAUGUUUGAUGUAGCGCACUGUUUAAAUAUUACCAUCCGUGAACCGUAUAAUAUAUAUACAUAACACUCAGAGGGCCAACUACACACUUUGUGCCGCAUAAUUGUGACAGUUCUGGCAAACAAGCCGUUAACUCCUGGAAAUACAAAUUUCUCUCCCCCACAGCUUGUGUGCGCUCUAACGCCCCUCCCUCCCUCCUGCCGCCCGGGCCUCCUCUGUUUCCCGUGUCCGGGUGGGCGUGUUGUUGUGUCGGGUGACUUGAGAUGGCUGAUGUACGCGUUAUGUUCUUAAAAUAUUAGUUCAUGCAAAACAAAAAAAAAAUAAGCUCAAUUUCAUGUUCUCUCGUGGUUACAGUUGUGUUGCCUUCACCACCAGGAAACAGUGUGUUACAGGCGUUUAUGAGCAUUCAUUGGCUAGAGUCUGCCACAUCGACCUAGUUGUGUGACCAAGUUUAGCCGAGCAUUGUCUUUGAAUGCUUAAAGAGCACUAGACAAGAGUACAGUUCUUUAAAAAAAAAAAAAAUUAUAACAUUGGGGGUGUUUGUAAGUGAUGCUAUAUGUAUAUGAUGAUAAAGAUUAAUGUGUGAGGACCACAUUCUGGUGUAUCCGAUUGAGUUACGAAAUUCCUUCCUUCCCAAGUAAUACUCGUUCAUACCGUGUACAUUUCCGUUAAAUUGUGUCACUCUUGAAAAACUGUAGAAAAAUAUAUAUACUAUAUUCAUCUAUCCUUGGGUUGGUGUUGGCACGCGUAUAGUAGUCGUGUAGCUCCACAGUCACGCUACUUGACCGGAAUAAAAGCGAUCCCAGUUUCCGUCUUCGAGACUAUUUUCCCGACCAACAUAAUGUGUGCUAGCGCUCUGAGUACCCGCAGCUUGGUACAUUCUGAAGUCUCAUAGAAGUAUAUCUCAUGGUUAUUGUGUUGCAGUCGAGUUCUCUUACAUGGUAACUAGCCAGCCACCGGUGGCUCACUCACGUCUUUGAAUAUAUAUACUGUAUAGAAGUCGCCAGCCCAGGUUAAAAUUUCUAAUACGGUUUGACGUAGUUGGUUAAUUCACCGCCGCAAUCGCCACCAUCUCUAGGGCAUCGACUUGUGGUGGUCCCUAGUGGACAAGUGUCGAACUCUUCAAACACCCCUUCCCCCUCCUGUUGAACGAACUCGAGCUGCAGUGAAUGAUGGAUGAGGGGUGCGGGGAAUGACAGCAGGCUACAGUGCUGCGCCCUAAAGGGUAAAUAACAACCUAAGACGAUACAGGGCGUUACGGCAGCGCACUGCAGCGGUGAAGUUCCCAAGCUGCUCAUCAUACGCUUCUGAAAAACGUAGAGUAAAUCCUAUCCGCUCGCGACUUGUAUACAGUAUAUAUAUUCAAAGCUCACGCACUGCAGAUAUUGUAAAAAUUGUAAGAAAAUACCUAUGUCAUAAAUUACAAACAUAGUUAAGUAAAACAUUAGACCUAAAAAAAGUUUGGUCUUUAUAAGGAGUCAUUCACCAAAAAACCUGGAACCAUUCAGGGUUGGAAUUUUUAAAUCGGUAGUGUUAGUUAGUUAGUAUAUAAAACUGUAUAUAUUUGUAAUAAAGAGAAAAGCUGCAACUUUUUUUUUAAAACCCAUUUUAACCUCAAUAAAAUCCCACCACUUUUCGCUCCAUUAGGGAGUAAAUCUUAAAAAUUUGUAAUGUACGUGCUUCUUUUUUUAAAAAAAUGUAGAUUAUACCAACUUUUGUAUUUUCUUUUUAUUUGGAUUUGAUCACGUGCAAAGCCUAAUAAAAUAAUACUUCUUUAUUUUAAACCUCAUUAAAAAAUUGUAUAACACUUGCACUCUUAAUUUUUAUGUAGGUAAAAACCAAUUAAAAUUUUUAAUCUUCCAUAUCAUUUAGUACGUAGACAUGUUAAGACUUAUUGAAGCAAGCUUAAAAAAGUACAGCUCCCUUUUUCACAAGCAUGCAAUAAAAAAACAGUUUUUUCUUUAACUUAAGUGUAAAAAAAUUAUUUUUAAUAUCCACAUAGCCAUAGUGGAUUUGGUUAAAUCCAUUGCCCUGAUCAGACUAAACUUAUACCGUCUUUACCACCUCACAGGUAAAAUCUCAAAACCACUGAUAAUAAAAUUUUCAUUUACUUUUAAUUAAUACUAGGAAAUUUUUAAAUUUGGCAUUACUUAAGAAGAUUAUGAAACCACAUCUACUCACAUUUUAAAUAAUUGUAAAUGGAGAUUAAAAAAUUGUAAAACAUAGAAUAGAUUGCUUCUUCUUUUUUUAUUAAAAAAAAAAAAGGAUUUAGUAGUUUUGUUGUGUAAAUUAUUCAUACCCAAUGGCCAAUAUCUUUACUUCUGAUUGAUUAGCUUUGGUAAUAUAAUAAAUUAUUGUAAAGCCUUAUUUACACCUGUUUUUCCUCCGUACUGGUGGAAUUAUUGGAUUAUGUAUGGUUUAAUGUUUAGGUUAGCCAAAGAAAUUACUAUGUAUUGAAAAGGUUGGAGUAAACAGGCAAGAAUUUAAAAUUUGGUGUAUUUGAGUUUUAUAUAAUGUAAAUAGCCAUUCAUAAUUUCAUCCAAUGUACAGACUUUUUACCCCGAACAGUUUUAUUAUUAGUGUUGCAUAUGACUUUCGUCAACCAGACAUCAUGGUGGUUGUAUAUAUCUAUUAUGUUUAAGUUUUUUUUUUGCAUUUAAGAAUGUUUUUACCCUUAUUUUUAAGCUUUGUUUGAGUGAUCUUAUUACAAACUUGAUUUCUUUUUUUAAUUAAUUUCUGUGUCUGUGUAACAUUGCAGAAAGCCUGAAAAAUAAAAAUUCAGUAUCUUCUCAGUUUGUGUGAACAAGUGGCUUGUACCUGCUUGAACGAUGCAAACAGGAUUAGUUGAACGGUCACCGAGUGUUUGACACUGUUCGUUUGUUUUGUGGUGUUCAGCACGUAUUGCUAAUUCACCAUUUUCACUUGAUGCUUGUCCAUCGACAGGGAGAAGUAACGUGCGAAACACCAUCUUGUAUGUAGAGCUCUGCAGUCGCAAAGGUGAAGAUGUGCAUGAAGUGUGUAAAGUGUGUUUCCUUGCCUGUCAAAGGACACAACAGACCUUGUAACUCACCAUGCAGUAGGUUCAAAACCUGAACUAGUAGGGCAUGUACAACUAAAUAAAUUCCAUAUCAGUAUUAAGAUGUGGCCUAAAAUGUUUGAAAGCUUUCUUGAUUGUAACUCCAUGUUUUAACCUUUGUAUGUCCAACCAUCUAUUCAUGCUGUGGAUAUAAUUGAGUGAUUUAAGGACAUUUGUGGAAAAAAAAAAAAAAAAAAAAAUUAUCCAAUCAUGAAUGAACUGUAAUAACCUUAGUAGCCAUAAUAUGACAGUUGUAAUAAUCUGUACAUAUAUGACGUGAUCCUGAAGAUGUCUGUGAUGUGACGGUGCAUGUAGCGAUUCAUUAUGUGCAAGUGUGUAUGCUCGUGUAAUGAGAACGUGUUUAUUUUAUUUCACAAUUUUGUAUUGUGUCUUUAUGUAUAAGUGUAUAUUUCUUUAUGUGUACAGAGAAAAUAAAUGCAUGUAAAUGUGGUAUCAUAAAAAAUGGAUUUGCUAUACAAUGAUAUUAUUAUUUGUUUUAAAUUAUUUUGACUUGUUGAAGAGAAAUUCCUAAAAUAAAAUAAAAAUGAUUGUUUAUUUAUAUAUAUAUAUAUAUACUCAAAAAUUUCUUAAAGAUUUUCAACACUAUAACAUUAUGUGUAUGUUUGAAUGAAGUACAAAAUUAUUCAAACUAAUAGGUAACAUCUUAAAAGGGUUUUACUAUGCAAAUAAAGAUAAUAAUGAGCUAAUUAAAAUGUUUUUUGGCUGGUGAAAAUUGUUCUUGUUUAGUGAUGAGUGGUGUAUAAGAGCGUAGAAUAACUGUCCAGUACCUAUUUGAGGAUGUUAGCCACCUAUUUAUAAUAAUGGAUUUAUUAUUUAUGUUCAGUGAAAAAUAUCUCAAUUUUCUCAGUUCCAUUGCAUGAGAGUCCAUUGGCUCAUAAAACACGCUCUUUGCAGAAGUCUCUACUCAAUUGAUGUUGAUAGUCCUGAGAUAGGCUUGUUUAAGAAUGCUGCUUAUUCUAUCUUUACAGUUCGAUGUAUUUACCUGAUUUGCAUGUUGCAAGAGGUCAGAAAAGAUGUUUCAAAACAAGGGAAAUACUGUAAAUGGAAGUGUAAAUAGAAGCAAAUUAGUAGUGCAUGUUAGAAGGGAUAGAAUGAAAUGUGUGCAGAAUAUAAGAAAACUGUGAAACUAAGGUUACAUCUGCAAUGUGGGUUUUUUAAACUGUAAUAGAUUUUAUGAUUUUCUUUUAAUGUAUAAAACAUGUGGAUUUGCAAGUAUUUAUGACUGUUAUGCGGAAUAAAAUUUGUAUUAACAUGAUCCAGGCAUUUAUUGCUUGCAAAAUUAUUUUUCUCGUAAAGUUAAUACUACAAUAAAGUUUUGUGCAAAAUACGUAAAAUAUCUUAAAAAAAAUUAUUCCAUAAUAUUUAAAUAUUACAACACACUGUUGACAAGCCAUUAUUUUAUACCAAAUUUCCCUGUUAUUUCACUUCAGCAUUUUAAUUAUUGUUGCUUGAUGUUGGUUAACAUCAGUGUGUUUCACAGUUACAUGCCAUUAACAGUUGUACGAACAAUGUAGAUUAGGUAAUUCAUUAUCGUUUUGCACUAGAGACUAGAGUGUAUGAUUAUGGCUAUGGACUGACUUCAGAUAUUUGACCUAUUAAAUAUAGAAAAUAUAAUGUAAAUGGCUGAACCCAGCUUAUAUAAACAAAUAAUUUAUGGGCGAAUCACAGAAUCUAGUUUAAACCAAGGAUAAAAUUGCAGGUUCUAUUGCUUACACAUAUUUUAUUUUUAACAGUAUAACAGAAGGAGAUCCAUCUUGCCAGAGCAUGUGUGUGGGUGUAUCAGUGUUGUUGGUUCAUAGGCAUGCUGGUCUAAAAGGUAACGGUUGUUGGAUAUAUGCGCAUGUAAUAGACGUGCCACAAAUAAUGAAUGAUACUGCAAAGUGUUUACAUUCGUCAGACACGACAGUAACAACAAGUGUAUUAAAAACAAUAUUUUCAAAUGCAGUUUGUAAUUUUGUAGACUUAAAAUGAAUGUUUGCUGUCGAACAGCAAUAGAGUCAAAGACUGGAUGUUCCUAGGGAAUGUACCACUUUAUAGUUACGUGUUCACAUGAAAAAUAAAAUUCAUGUUCCAAA